ACAGACAGACAUUUGGGCAGACAACAGCUAAAGCUUUCUGCUCCCUCCCUUCCCCAAGUAUUUGCAAAAUGGAUUCCCAAAGGGAACUCACUGAAGAACUCAGACUUUACCAAUCCACCCUUCUUCAGGAUGGCCUCAAAGAACUCCUAGAAGAGAAAAAAUUUGUAGAUUGCUCCCUAAAAGCUGGUGACAGAAGUCUGCCUUGCCACAGAUUGAUUCUGUCAGCGUGUAGCCCUUAUUUUCGUGAGUAUUUCUUAUCUGAGCAAAAUGAAGAGAAAAAGAAGGAGGUAGUUCUAGAUAACGUUGACCCCAACAUCCUGGAUAUGAUUGUCAAAUACCUUUAUUCAGCAACUAUUGAUCUUAAUGAUUCUAACGUGCAAGAUAUUUUUGCUUUGGCCAGUCGCUUCCAGAUCCCUUCUGUAUUCACCGUGUGUGUCUCCUAUCUUCAGAAGAGGCUUGCUGUCGGAAACUGUCUGGCUAUCCUUCGAUUAGGCGUUCUGCUUGAUUGCCCAAGACUUGCAUUUUCUGCCCGUGACUUUGUCUCAGAUCAUUUUGUGCAGAUUUGCAAAGAAGAGGACUUCCUGCAGCUUGCACCAAAUGAACUUAUCUCAGUCAUUUCACCUGACAGCUUAAACGUAGAGAAGGAAGAACUGGUAUUUGAAGCAGUAAUGAGGUGGGUCCGGUCAGACAAGGAGAACAGAGUAAAAAGCCUAGGAGAAGUUUUUGACUGCAUACGUUUUCGUCUUAUGCCAGAAAAAUAUUUCAAAGAGCACGUUGAGAAGGAUGAUAUAAUUAAAAGUAACUCAGAUCUUCAGAAAAAAGUAAAGAUUAUUAAGGAUGCUUUUGCUGGAAAACUGCCUGACUCCAGCAAAAAUAAAGAAAAGUCAAACAAAGGGGAAGUAAAUGGUGAUGUAGGAGAUGAAGAUUUACUGCCGGGCUACCUAAAUGACCUUCCCAGGCAUGGCAUGUUUGUCAAAGACCUAAUUCUUCUGGUUAAUGACACUGCUGCAGUAGCUUAUGAUCCUCUCGAAAAUGAAUGCUAUCUGGCAGCCCUGGCAGAACAGAUUCCCAGAAACCAUUCCAGUAUAGUCACCAAACAAAAUCAGGUCUACAUUGUUGGAGGACUGUAUGUGGAAGAGGAGAACAAAGAUCAGCCUUUCCAAUCAUACUUCUUCCAGCUGGAUAGCAUUGCUGGUGAGUGGGUUGCCCUUCCUCCACUGCCGUCAGCCAGGUGUCUCUUCGGGCUGGGAGAGUCAGACGACAAGAUCUAUGUAAUUGCAGGCAAGGACCUUCGCAACGAGGAGUCUCUAGAUUCAGUGUUGUGCUACGACCCUGUAGCAAUGAAAUGGGGUGAGAUAAAAAAACUACCCAUCAAAGUAUAUGGCCAUGCUACCAUCUCAAACAAUGGAUUGAUAUAUUGUCUCGGUGGAAAAACUGAUGAUAAGAAAUGUACUAAUAGGGUAUUUGUAUACAAUCCAAAGAAAGGAGACUGGAGAGACCUGGCUCCAAUGAAAGUGGCUCGCUCAAUGUUUGGAACGGCCAUCCAUAAAGGCAAGAUUUUCAUUGCUGGUGGUGUCACUGAAGAAGGCCUUACUUCAUCUGUUGAAGCUUUUGAUCUGACCACAAAUAAGUGGGAGAUUGUGCCUGAAUUUCCCCAGGAGCGAAGUUCUAUCAGUUUAGUCACCUUAAGUGGAUCUUUGUAUGCUAUUGGAGGUUUUGCAAUGAUUCAGCUUGAAUCUAAAGAAUUUGCACCUAAUGAAGUCACUGACAUAUGGAAGUAUGAUGAUGAAAAGAAGGAAUGGGUUGGCAUACUGAAAGAGAUCCGAUAUGCGACUGGAGCUUCCUGCUUGGCUACACGUUUAAAUCUCUUCAAGCUGUCAAAACUGUAAACAAAAUGCUGGAAAAUUUGAUAUGACGCAGGAGUUUUCAUAGGCUCUUCUGAAUUUGUUGCAUGAAAACGUCUCCAGAUUGUUCAGAGUUUCGUAGCAGCAUACUAGUUAUACUGUUAACUGUUAAACAGUUAAUCUGUCUAGCCAAGUCUUAAGGUAUUUACUAGCUAAUCGAUAAGAAGUGAAUUUUUGCUAACCUGUAAAAUCCUGAAGAUUUCUAAUUAAUGUUGAUUAGAAUAAACCAAGAUUUCUACUCCAUGGAACAUAAAACUAGUUAGACAUCCUUACUCUCAGUCCAGGACAGUGGUGGCUAAUCUGUAAACAGUGCUCAAGAAUGAAUGGAUUGUUAAGUUAAAUACAACUAGUAAGUGCUGAUUUUAUUCUAACCAGCUGUUUGUACAGCCUGAUUUCUCCCUUCAACAGUGUAUACAACUCCUGCAUUCUUCAGUCAUAUUUUGAAAACAUUUUCAAUGCAGCCUUCUAAAAAUAAUUAAUUUCGCCUGGAAUUGAAGUGCAUAUUGAAAACAGAAGCACCAACCUUAGCCAGAACUGAGUAGGCAGCUGUGAGGGAAAAAAAGAGAAUUUUACAGGGCUAAUAGCUUUGCCUAUUAUGUUUUGGUUUCUCACAACAAGGAUUUCCUUUUUUUUUUUUUUCUAAUGCUUUUGUAUUUAUUUCCAAAGCAAAUAUUUAAUGGAAAGUUUUCUUAGAGAUCUGAAGCCAUUAACAAGCAUUCAUGAAAAACGUUACAACUGAUCACCAGUAAGCACCUACCUAAGAAAUAAUUGAUGCAUUUUAAUGUUCAAACAUUAAACUUGUAACUUUUAAGUUGGGUAACAAUUAAACUUUGUUUUUAACGCUGUUAAAAUAUCA